AUGACGGACGAAAGCUUAGCACCUUUUCACCGGAAUCCAAGGCAAUUCCCUCGGAAACAGCGUCAGCAUAAUUGUUCCAGUAAAGCUAAUCGACAGCUGGUCAAGAGGAAUCCGCCGACGUCUUCUGGUGGAAUCUACCUUCGAAUCUAUUCAGCAAACACUUUCACUCGAAAUGGAAACUACUCCGCUUCCUUGGUUUUCGUGUACAACCGUGUCCCAGCCUCCGCUUUCCUCCAGCCUCUGGCUACCCACCCAUCUGUCGGUCAAAUUGCAAGUAUACGUCGUCUGCUGCAGCAUGCCUUUCCCCAGCGCCGCCGACAUGCGUUACUGCUCACUCUUGGGCCGACCACUCUCGCUCGUCAUCUAGCUCGGCAGCAUCACCAUCCUCCUGCGUUGCAGUCAUUGCAAACCACAUCCACCGAGGGUAGCACCACCACCACCACUACCAGCACUACCGUAGCUGCACCGAUGAGCACAGCUGCCAUAAAGUUGCCUCCGUUUCAAGAACUUUCCCUCAAUCAGCCUCAGCAGCAUCAACACAAUCAACCACAGACCUUUCCUGAGACUUCGGCUCCUUUAUCUGCUCGCCCUUCUCCCUCGCUAUCGCCUGUUGGACCUAUUGCUCUUCCGCCUCAACAUUCGAUAGCACUACAGCUGCCCCCCGAUGCCUCUGUGUCGAAUGAACGGGAUAAAUUACUUGAGAAGCCCAGCGACUCCAAC